GCCUCGGCGAAUUUAGUCCGUAUUCGGCAGUGAAACGUGACGGUCGUUAUAGGCGCAGCGAGGUUCAGAACCGGUCUCGAGGAACCAUCAUCAAACGACUUCUGACCGAUCGUAAUACACCCCAAACAUUCCGCAAUGGCUACCAACAGGGCGACCAAGAGCGGAUUCGCCGCCGAGGCCCAACGAAAAGUGAAUGCAAAGUACAACGAGGAGCUCGCGUCCGAGAGCCUGGAAUGGAUCGGCAGGGUGACGGGCGACAACGUCAACACCGCCGGCGACAUGGACAACUUCUACGAGACGCUCAAAGACGGCACGCUGCUAUGCAAGUUGGUGAACUCGAUCAAGCCCGGCAUCGUUAAAAAGGUGAACCAAUCGACGAUGGCCUUCAAGUGCAUGGAGAACAUCAACGCGUUCCUGCAGGCGGCCAGAGACUUGGGCGUGCCUGCGCAGGAAACGUUCCAGACGGUCGACCUGUGGGAGCGCCAAAACCUUAACUCCGUGGUCAUCUGCCUUCAGUCGCUGGGCAGGAAGGCGCACAACUUCGGUAAACCGGGCAUCGGGCCCAAGGAGGCUGAGAAGAACGAGCGCGUCUUCUCCGAGGAGAAACUCAAGGCCGGCCAGACCAUCAUCGGUCUCCAAAUGGGCAGCAACAAGGGCGCGAAUCAGUCCGGCAUCAACUUUGGCAACACCAGACACAUGUAGACGGGCAACCGGACGGAAGCUGUUGCGAAUGACACGCCCGCCAUCUAUCGCCUACUCUCUAAGAAACGUUUUUGUAUCCGAGGCAUUCCAAUUAUUAUUAUUCAAUUUCGACUGACAACGUAUGCGUUACGUUAAGUCGCGUCAAUUGUAUCAUCGAGUAAUAUAUUGCCUAUUUUUUCA